CAGCCCUUCGUGACACAAAGAUGAUGUGAUUUGUGUGACUCUUUGGGAGCCCUUCAGCACAGUAUGUGGGAGGUGCCCACCCCGUGCCACACGAGCAGCGCGGCUCAUGUUGAUCUAAUGCAGGAAUCAGCGGGGACCGUGUGUGGAUAGCGCGAUAUCUCCAGCUCAACGCUGGCGCUCACAUCUUCUGCCAUUAAGCGGCACUUUUUUGGAGAUCCGCUCCGUGCUAUUCGGAUGCUCGGUUCAGUGGGCGUCUCGCAGAGAGCUCGUAUCACUCAGAGGAAGGGAAGAGACUCGAUGUAUCACAAGUGAAGAACGAGAAACCACAGAGAGGCCUCCAUACCUUCGUGAUUGGAUGCGAGUUGACUUUGACCAUACCAAAGUGAAGAUGAAGUUGCUAUGGAAACUGCUGGUUCUGCAGUCAUUCCUGGGGAGCCUUGCAGGCAACACGCUGCAGAGCCCCGUGUUCACGAAGCAGCCAGGCAGCAUUGUGUUUCCAGUAGACUCCAUGGAGAAGAACAGGGAGGUGGUUUUCAGUUGUGAGGCACAAGGUGACCCUCCUCCUUUUUACAGGUGGAAGCUAAAUGGCAGCCUGCUCAACCCUAAACCCGGCUCCCAUCACAGCCUCUCUGGAGGCAACCUUCGCAUCAACCAUCUCAAUAAAGAUGAGGACGCUGGGACGUACCAGUGCCUUGCUUCCAACUCCUUUGGGACUAUUGUCAGCAGGGAGUCCAGCCUAACCUUUGCCUAUUUGGAAAACUUCAAAACCCACAAGCGGAGUUCUGUGUCUGUCCGGGAAGGACAAGGAGUUGUGCUUCUCUGCGGGCCGCCCCCUCACUCUGGAGCUUUGACGUUCUCCUGGAUUUUUAAUGAGUACCCAUCAUUCGUGAAGCAAGAUUCUCGCCGAUUCGUGUCCCAGGAGACUGGGAAUCUAUACAUCGCUAAAGUUGAGCCAUCUGAUGUGGGCAACUACACCUGUGUUGUGACCAAUACUGUCACCAAGACACGCGUCCAAGGGCCGCCUACUCCUCUAAUACUGCGCAAUGACGGUGUAAUGGGAGAAUAUGAGCCAAAGAUUGAAGUGCAGUUUCCAGAGAUUGUUCAAGUGGCUAAAGGUUCAACCGUGCGUCUGGAAUGUUUUGCACUGGGGAAUCCAGUACCGUCCAUAAGUUGGCAUCGCGUGGACGGAGUCCCAUUCACUCGUAAAGUGGAUGUAAGGAAAACCAGCGGUGUGAUGGAAAUCCCUUACUUCCAGCAAGAAGAUGCGGGCACGUACGAAUGUGUGGCGGAGAACACCAAAGGAAGAAACUCUGUGCAGGGAAAGCUGUCUUUCUUUGCCUCCCCCCAGCUAAUUGAGAAGCCCCAGGAUGUGCAGAAGGCCAUCGAUGACUCUCUAGUGUGGGAAUGCAAGGCCACAGGAAAACCUAAGCCCUCUUAUAGAUGGAUGAAGAAUGGAGAGAACCUGGAGCCCACUGAGGAGAGGGUGCAGGUCAUUAAUGGCGCCCUGUCCAUCACUCGCCUGGCACUCUCCGAUAUUGGAAUGUACCAGUGCGUGGCUGGGAACAAGUAUGGAGAAGUGUACUCCAAUGCUGAACUCAGAGUGAUCGCUGUCGCUCCUGAUUUCUCCCAAAACCAGCUGAAGAGUCACACUUUAGUCAAAGAAGGCGGCGAUGUUCUCAUUGAAUGCAAACCCAAGAUGUCUCCUCGAGGCAUGAUCUCCUGGCGCAAAGGCAACGACGCCCUCCGAGAAAACAGCAGAAUUGCUAUAUUGGAGACUGGAAGCCUUCGGAUAUCCAACGUCACCAAAUCGGACGCUGGCAUGUACACGUGUGUUGCCCGUAACCAGUUUGGCGAGGCCAGCAGCUCAGGAAACAUGAUUGUUAAAGAGCCAACAAUCAUUACGACUGCCCCCAACACGCUGGACGUGACCGUCGGUGAGAGCAUCAUUCUUCCCUGCCAGGUGUCCUACGAUCCCUCGCUGGAGCUCAAGUUCACCUGGUUUUUCAACGAGCAGCUCAUCCACUUCGGCAGCCAUGGAGGAUACUUUGAAAAAGUUGGCGGACAGCACUCGGCAGGUGACAUCAUGAUCCGGAACAUUCAGCUGAGGCAUGCUGGGAAGUACACGUGUGCUGUGCAGACUAAAGUGGACAGCAGUUCCAUCGCAACCGACCUGAUAGUCAGAGGUCCCCCCGGCCCCCCUACCAGCAUCCAUGUGGAAGAAAUCACAGAUACCACUGCCACUCUCUCCUGGAGGCCUGGUCCUGAUAAUCACAGUCCAAUUACUGCCUACACCAUCCAGGCUAGAACCCCUUUCUCCCUCGGCUGGCAAGCUGUUAGCACAGUGCCGGAGGUGGUCGGGGGCUCGCAUCUGACUGCUACAGUCAUCGAGCUUAACCCCUGGGUGGAGUAUGAGUUCAGAGUGUUGGCAAGCAAUGCAGUGGGCACAGGAGAGCCCAGCAAACCCUCGAAGAAAGCCAGGACCAAAGAAACAGUUCCCAAGGUCACCCCAGCCAACGUGAGCGGAGGAGGUGGCAGUCGAUCAGAGUUAGUCAUCACUUGGGAGCCUGUUCCUGAAGAACUCCAGAACGGAGCAGGGUUUGGCUAUGUGGUUGCUUUCCGGCCCUUUGGUGCCACCGGGUGGAUGCAGGCGGCAGUUCCCUCUCCUGAAGCCUCCAAAUACGUCUUCAAAAACGAGACCAUUUUACCCUUUUCUCCAUUCCAAGUCAAAGUGGGGGUGUACAAUAACAAGGGGGAAGGACCUUUUGGACCUGUGGUCACCAUCUACUCUGCUGAGGAGGAGCCUGGAAGGGCACCCAGUCGACUCCGAGCCAAGAGUCUUUCAGCGUUUGACGUUGAGGUGUCCUGGAAGGCCCUUCCCUGGAGCACAAGCAAGAAACGUGUUCUCGGCUACGAGUUGAGAUACUGGGAGAAGAAUGAGAAAGAAGACACAGCUAGCGUGCUAAGGACAGUAGGAAACCGGACGAUGGCCAUUAUUCAGGGCUUAAAAGGAAGUACCACCUAUUAUAUAACGGUGAGGGCCUACAACACAGCAGGAACAGGGCCACCGAGUCCAGCAGUCAAUGUUACAACCAAAAAGCCUCCGCCCAGCCAGCCGCCCUCAAAAGUCAUGUGGAAUGCAUCAAACUCUAAAAUCAUUCUCAACUGGGAACAGGUGAAACCUCUGGAAAAUGAAUCCGAGGUCAUGGGAUACAAGGUACUGUAUAAGCGGAACCAAUUCAGCAGGCCCAGCAUUAUGGAGACCAACACCACAUCAGUGGAGCUCUCGCUGCCCAUGGACGAGGAGUACAUCAUCCAGAUCAGACCUUUUGGAGAAGGAGGAGAAGGCAGCAGCAGCCGACAGAUCACUAUUCCCAAAAUAUCAGGUCCCAAUGCCAUCGGCUCGGCUUCCAGUGUGUCCACUCUCUCUGCUCUCAGUACAAUAGCUCUCUCCCUCACAGCUCGCACAUCUUUAUGACAGAACACAGCGCGGGCCGCUGACUUCAGACGAAACAUUCUUCCUCGAGGGGAGACUGAGAAAAGUGACUCAGACGAAUCGAUGAAAACCCAUUCAUACAAACCUACGUGAACCAUAAUACUGGGAUAAAGAGAAAAAGAAGAAAGAAAGAAAAAACGGGUGUGUGGUUCGCUAGCCAAUUCAAAAAAAGAUUGAAGGCUGAUGGGAUUGAAUUUGAUGUAACCAAAGCAGCUUUGAAGAAGAAAAAAAAAAAGAAAAAAAAAUAGAGGAAAAUGUCACAUGCUUCUUUUGUAUGUACGACAUAUCUUAGCUUUUUAUUUUUAUUUUGUUUGAUCCAGUUGGUCUGUCUGUUCCUAUUACAGUACGCCGGGUGUGUAGGAACUGCUUUAGAUGCAUGUCAUGUACAAUGUUUUGUAAGAGAAUGCAGGUGUCUGAAAUGUAAUCAUUUAGAGCAAGACGUAUUUGGCUGAAAACCAACUAAUCAUCACAAUA